AUGAAGCUGGAUAACUCACCUGGAGACAUGAGCACCUGGAGGGAGCUGGACUUCGCCCUGAACUGCACCUACAUCGUGCCGGAUCAGGUGUCGGACCCCAGCUUCAGCCUGCCCAGAGCCAUGACCUCCAUCCCCAGGAACCUCACCUUCGAGUACGGCACAGACAACGAGGUGACAGGUGUGUUCAGCAAAGAGUACAUUCCUCAGGGGACUCGCUUCGGGCCUCUGCAGGGAGACGUCUACGCCAGAGACAGCGUUCCCAAGCACGCCAACAGGAAGUACUUCUGGAGGAUUUACAGCGGCGGCCAGCUUCAGAACUUCAUCGACGGCUAUGACGUCCACAGGAGCAACUGGAUGCGCUACGUGAACCCGGCCCGCUCGCUGGCCGAGCAGAACCUGGUGGCCUGCCAGAACGGCCGCGACGUCUACUUCUACACCAUCCGGCCGGUGGAGCCCAAGCAGGAGCUGCUGGUGUGGUACAGCCAGGAGUUCGCCCAGAGGCUCUGCGGCCAGCAGGACGACGCCAAGCACAAACACGUCGACGACGACCAGCCCGAGUUCGUCAAACUCCGGCAGCAGACGUGGCUCGCCGACAGAACCAAGGAGGAGGUGAAGGAGGAGCGGGACGACGACGGCGACGAGAAGAUCGACGUGGAGAUGCUGGAGCGGGACACUCCGCCCGACACGCCCGACGACCAGAUCAUGGACUUCAGCCGCAAGGUGGAGAAGGAGGAGGAGAGGGAGGGGACGAUCCCGUCGCCGCGGCCCGACCUCGGGGAGGCCGGCCUGGGCCUGAACCACCCCUACGAGCACCACCACCCCGGACUCCCGGCUCACCACAGGAACCUCCCGCUCCACCUGCACGGCCUCUACGGCCACCGGGAGGGCCUGGUGUCGUCGUACCCGCUCUACCCCCCGUCCAGGCCCCUGCAGCCGGCCUACCAGUUCCUGCCCCCCUACGGCCCUCACUACCCCCGCCUCCUGCUCCCGUCCUACUCCCCUCCGUUUCCCGGGAUGCUCCCCUCCAGAGGCUCCCUCCGAUACGGCAGCUACCUGGGCUCGGACGGACUCCCGUACCCGCCCGUCGGGCCUCCCAGCCUGCUCCCGGUGUCGCUGCCCUACUCGCCGUCUGCUCCGGGCGGCCUGAAGGAGCUGACGCCCAACGUCUCGCCGCCCCGAGGAGCCCCGGCCACCCCGGAGCUGUCGCCUCCCGCCAAGCCCAGCGAGUCGCCCGAGCACUCGCCGUCCGGCUGCGAGGAGGCCAUGAACCUGAGCCUGGCCACCACCAAAACCGGCACCGCGCCCCGCAACGGGCCGGGCCACAAGUCGCUGCCGUACCCGCUGAAGAAGCAGAACGGGAAGAUCAAGUACGAGUGCAACAUCUGCUCCAAGACCUUCGGACAGCUCUCCAACCUCAAGGUCCACCUCCGAGUGCACAGCGGCGAGAGGCCCUUCCAGUGUAACCUGUGCAAGAAGAGCUUCACCCAGCUGGCUCACCUGCAGAAGCAUCACCUGGUGCACACCGGAGAGAAGCCGCACGAAUGUCAGGUGUGUCACAAGCGCUUCAGCAGCACCAGCAACCUGAAGACCCACCUGCGGCUGCACUCGGGGGAGAAGCCGUACCAGUGCAAGCUGUGCAGCACCAAGUUCACCCAGUACAUCCACCUCAAGCUGCACCGCCGGCUGCACAGCGGCCGCGACCGGCCCUACCGCUGCCCGCUGUGCGCCCAGGCCUUCUUCCACCGCUUCUCGCUGUGCAUCCACCAGCGCAGCUGCUGCCCGGCCGCCGCCCCCGUCAGCCAGCACCUGAAGGAGACGGUGGAGCGCUUCGACGCCAGCCAGGAGGCCGACGCGCUGGCCGAGACGGCGGCGGCGGCGCAGGUGGCCGAGGCCGCGGAGCACUGGCUGGCCCGCACGCUGGAGGGCGAGGGCAAGGAGGACCAGAAGGAGGCCACGCUGCUGCUCAAGGCGCUGACGGCCGCCGUCAACGCCCCGCCGCCGCCGCCGCAUCACAGCCCUCCUCUGGCCUAUCAGGAGAGAGCCAGCGUGGUUCACCUGCACAAGCGGGUGAAAACGGAAGGACAGUGACGAGGAAGUGAUCCGACGAGCGCAGCACCAAAAUGAAAGCAUUCCAAAGACUUAAAGGACUCAGAGAGAGACGUCGAGAAGCUGUGAAGUAUUUAAACCGCUCAGGUAGACAACUGUCGGCUUUGUCCUGCUUUAACUUAUUACCUUUUCUAAACAGAACGCAGUCGUCUAUAUUUAUUUAGUUGUUUCAUAGAGUUCAGUGUUUAUUUUUAUCGUGUGUGUGUUUUUUUUCUAUCUGUUCAUAUUUAAACAAAAAAACAAAAAUGCGAAUCGACUCAGAAACAACAGCGUGACUCUGAUGCAACAACCACAGGACAGAAGUUCUAAUUUAUUGUUUGGAAUCAACUUUGAAAACAUCACGUCUGAUGAGUUGCUGACGUGCUAACGUUGCAUUAGCUCAGUACUGUGGGUACUUUAAAUUUCUGCAUAGAUUUAAGUUGAGGUUACUUCAUAAAAUUGGCUUUAUAUUUAAAUUGAGAUCAAGUUGUUAAAAAACCUUUAAGUGAAGAGAAACUGCUCCGACUCAGCAUCGUCUGCUGGUUGAACUUAACUUCAGGAGAAGUCGUUUUAACUUUGUUGAGUCCACACGUUGUUUUGCAGAGUGUGAUUCGUCCCGUUGCACUGCGUACGUUGUUUAUUUUUAUUUAUUUAUGAUUAAAAAGGGAAAAAUCAGGUGUCUUGAAACUGUGUGCUAAUAUUAAUAAUAAUAAUAAAAAGCAUUUGCCAAAAUUACAACCAGAGGACGUGAAUGUGUAGCAGACGGAGGCAUUGCUCACCUUUUCUCUGAUCAUCAUCUGGUCGUCUUCCUCACACACGAAGCUUUACUGCCAACACGAGCUCCAACCAAAUGUCAAACGUUCGUACCUCAUAUUCAGGGAACAAAAAGUCAAACCAGGAGCACAACCUUACAGCUUUCUGCUUGUUUAUGAAGCACUGGAACAAACAAACAAACAAAAUGCAACCGGGUUCGUGUGCUUUGGUAAAAGCAGCAGGAACCGUCCUUUAAACUUCACCGCCGAGUCAUUGACCAACUUCUUCCAAGGUUUCUGUAGUUUUUGCUUCUUUUGUACAGUUUGUCGGUUUGUGUAGUUUAUUUUUGCAAACAGGUGAUGAGAUGUUCAGAAUUUAUAUGUGAGAGACUAUUUUGAUGAUACUUUUAUAUUUACAUGAUGUAGCACAUUAAAGAUAUCGUUUCUAUA